CUCAAUUCCCUUUUCCCUCCCUUCACUCAGAAUUCCGUCAUCCUUACCCUGCUCUCCCCACCAUGCCAAGCAUUCGCGCCUCCGCAAAAGGCCUCGUCCAUGGCCUGAAGCCUGUUGCGUCAGAAGCUGACCUCCUGUCAAAAGCUGCCACCACCCGCCGUCCGCAGACCAUCAUCACCUCAUCCAAAUCCUCUUUCAAACUCCAUCGUCCUUCCCACUACCUCCGCAAGGAGCGAUCUGCCGCCGACAUGGAUCUUUCGCGACCAAAGCUCCCCGUGACCAUCACCUACUCGCACCCAGACACGCAGCCGCCCGUCUACCUCGCGUGCUCGGUCACAAAUCCGCCAUGGGAGCCGAUGGAGAUGGCCGUCAAGGAGGAACGAUCGUCGCAAGGCGAUCUGAUUUUUGAGAAAACGCUCGACGCGGUUGAGCCUGGAGAGUAUCAGUACAAGUUCAGGCUUGGUCCUGGAGAUUGGUGGGUUAUGGAUGAAACGGCACCGAAGAUCUCGGACGGUGCAGGAAACAGCAACAACCUUCUCACCGUUAAAGAACCAACUGAUGAGGCGAUCGAAAACAAGAAGCUCGCCAUGCAUCGAACCACAUCUGCUCCCGAUUUCGUCGCAGACGCGAAACCGACCAACGGCGAGCAGCCCAACGGAAACAGUAUGGAGCCAAACCCGGCAAUGCCAUCUCCUGUGCUUUACAACCUCUCUCGCACUGCCUUCGAUCCAGAACAACCCUCUGACGGCGCUCCGGCUCAAGCCUCGGGUGAAGACCCGGCCAUGCGAAAAUCAGAUACAAACGCGGAUGCCGAGGCCUCAAUGACGGAGGCUCGCGCUGCUGAUACCGAAGCUGAGCAUGAAGGGCGAUUGGACGUGCCCACCCUUACCGUGGAGAAGAGCGACGGUAAGCCCAAGCCGGUCAUUUUGGACGAGCAAGAGGAGCAGCCAGCCAUGGCCUCUAUGUAUCCCGACUUUGCCCGCGUUUUGGGCGAUGACGCCCUCGGCUUUGGCCAAACGCCUGCGGACGAAAAAGUACCACUCCUGCCCCAUGAGUCCUUCAGUGCAAUGCUCGAAGAUACCGACGUUCCGCUCUUCCGUCACGAGUCGAUUGCUGCCGAUGAAAGCUCAUCCGAGGAUGCCGUGGAUGAAACCGAGUUCGUUCCCAUCUCCUACGAAGGCGGUGCUCCUCUGUUCCGCCAUGAGACUUCGCCUAUGAUCGGAGGAGCCGACAGCCCGCCGCGGAGCCCCAUUGCGAGGAGCUCACGGUCACACACUUCGCUGAAAGACAUGAUGGACGAGGAGGAUGUCAAUGACCCCUCGCUGGUGCCCUUCCCUACCAGGCGCGAGACCAUAUUCGAGCACAUCCGGAGCCUGGAAAAUCGCAUGGAGGAAGAUAAGUCGAUCCCGGAUGAAUCCCCGCCGUCGCCCACGCAAAACGAAGCCCCCUCUCCUCAAAUGUCGAGGAACAGCUCGGCCGUGGACCUCCGCUCAUCAUCGCUCGACUCGAUCCAGGAAGGCGAGGAAGACGAGGACGAUCUGGCUUCUUCGGCAUCCGCGGCCGAAGGAGAACAAGUGGUAACUGCUGGUCCCACCGAGUCCGCGACUCCGGUUCCCGGUUCGCGCUCUGUUCCGACGCCGCCCUUGACGCCGCAAGGGGGCAAAGGUGAAGGGAAGACGACGCGUAGCGACUCUCUCGUUAUGCCAAAUGAGCGCAGGUUCACCUGAGCGGAAGAAAGCAGGGUUCCUAAUCUCGUUGUGGAACAUGGUCAUUGGCAAUUGGUUGGGCCGGCUGGGGAGGUGGUUCUCCAGGGUGUGCGGAGGCAGGGGACGCGCUACGGCUUUGGUCUUGACCACCGUCGUCGCAGUCCUCGCUUACGCAUACCAAGGGACGCUCCUACCGGCCGACA